AUGGGAAUUAACGAGGAGGAAGUGACCCAAGAAGAAUUUUUGAAGGAUAUUCUAUAUCUCGACAAUGAAGCAAGAUACGAAGUUAGCUUACCAUGGAAGAAUGAGAGUAUUCCGAAAUCGAACGGAUACGGUAUGUGUUUGAAACGACUCCAUCAACUAAAGUCUCGUCUCGAUAAAGACAAACAAUUACUCGAACAAUAUGACGACAUAUUUAAGGAUCAAGAGAACAGCGGUAUCGUAGACUCCGUAGUUGAACCUGGAGAAACUAGACACCAUGGAGUGAUUCGCCAAGAUAAAGAAACAACAAAACUUAGAGUCGUGCUUGACGGUUCCGCGAAACCUUCGAAAGAUGAUCUGUCGUUAAAUGACUGCCUCCAAAAGGGUCCAAAUUUAGUUCCACAUCUAUUUGAUACUGUUGUAAAUUUCAGAGGUUAUCCCAUCGGACUUGUUGCUGAUAUCGGGAAUGCCUUCCAUCAGAUACAAAUUGCUCCUGAUGACAGGAAGAUGUUGAAGUUUCUCCGGUUUGAAGAUAUUAGUCAAGAUCCCCGGCCCUCAAAAAAUACGAGUUUCGACGUCUGCCAUUUGGUCUAACCCCCAGUCCUGCUAUCUUAUCCAGCACCAUAUCCCAUCAUCUUUCAAAAUACAAGGAAAUUGGACCAGAGAUAGUCUCAUUGUUGCUCGAGUCUCUGAACGUUGAUGAUUUCGCCAGGGGAGCUUAUGAUGAUGAUGAAGCCUUACAUAUCUAUCGCACAUCUCACGAUCUAAUGAGCAAAGGUGGCUGGCAUUCGAAUUCUGUCUCCUCUGAUCCCCUAGCUAGGCGCAUAGACCUAUAA